AUGUCUGAAGAGGAAGAAAAAGUGAAAUUACGCCGUCUUGAGCCAGCUAUCCAGAAGUUCAUUAAGAUAGUAAUCCCAACAGAUCUGGAGAGGUUAAGGAAACACCAAAUAAAUAUUGAGAAGUACCAGAGGUGCAGAAUCUGGGACAAGUUGCACGAAGAGCAUAUCAAUGCAGGACGUACAGUUCAGCAACUCCGUUCCAAUAUACGAGAAAUAGAGAAGCUUUGUUUGAAAGUUCGAAAAGAUGACCUAGGACUUCUGAAAAGAAUGAUAGAUCCAGUUAAAGAAGAAGCAUCAGCAGCAACAGCAGAAUUUCUCCAGCUCCAUUUGGAAUCAGUAGAAAAUCUUAAGAAACAGUUUAAUGAUGAAGAAAGUGUAUUGCAGCCUUCUUUGACCAGAUCUAUGACUAUUGGUGGUACGUAUUCUGAAGCUGAAGCUGAAGCUAGUCCUCAGAGUUUGACUCAGCUAUACGCGCUGCCUGAAAUUCCUCGCGAUGAAAAUGCUGCAGAAUCAUGGGAAACCUUAGAAGCGGACUUAGUUGAACUUAGCCAACUCAUCACUGAAUUCUCUGUACUAGUGAAUUCUCAGCAGGAGAAGAUUGACAGCAUUGAAGACCAUGUCAACAGUGCUGCUGUGAAUGUUGAAGAGGGAACCAAAAACUUGGGGAAGGCUGCAAAGUACAAGCUGGCAGCUCUGCCUGUGGCAGGUGCACUCAUCGGAGGAGUGGUAGGGGGUCCGAUUGGCCUCCUUGCAGGCUUCAAAGUCGCAGGAAUUGCAGCUGCACUUGGUGGUGGGGUGUUGGGCUUCACAGGUGGAAAAUUGAUACAAAGAAGGAAACAGAAAAUGAUGGAGAAGCUCACUUCCAGCUGCCCGGAUCUUCCCAGCCAAAGUGACAAGAAAUGCAGUUAA